AUGCAGAAGAGCCAAGAAGCUGAGUCCGGUGGCUUGAUCUCUCUGAGCCUCCUGCUGGGGGAGGACCCAGAACAUCUGUCCCAGCAACUGCAGGCUACCAGUCUACAGGACAGGGAGCCGCCUGGCUCUCCCAGCCUCUCCAAGGUGGGGUCAGAGUACCUGCCCUUCUGCACAUUUGAGCAGCCCCUGGCUAUGAAGGAGCUGGCCCUGCUGGCUGAAGUUGGCCCUGGCCACGAAGCUGACUGGAGCAGCAGCAGGGGUCUGUUCCUCAAGGACUUAGCGCCACCCAGUGGCUUCUUUCCGUACUACCGCUCCCAGGAAGAGCACCUCGCCAGGGCCACCACCCCUCAAGGCUGCAGCUGGUGUCUGGGCUCCAGAGACCCCUUUCCAGGAAGUGAGACCCAAGAUGGCUGCUGCAAAGUGACAGCCAGAGAUGGAUGCCUUUCUCCCUUGGCAGAGCCAGACCUCAUCUCUGGGUUUCCACGCUCCCCAGCCUGCUGCUGCUGCCUGAGAGGGCUCGUGUGUGAUAACGACGACGACCAGGAUACCCCUCUCACCAGGCACCGUGCACCACGUGGUGCCUCGGGAUUUGUACCUUACUACAGAAGCCCCGAAGAGAGGCUACGCGCCAGCCCUGUGCUUUCCUCCUCUCUGCUGGGGAGCUCACAGGAGUGA